CCGUCAUUGGGCUGCUGUCAUUUGCGGGAGCAGACGGGUUCAACAGACAUCCUAAGAUUAAAACAGGAACGGGAUGUGGACCUUAUUUGUUCUUUGUAUCCUGGGACUAAACAUCUGUCAGACUACUGGAGUCGACAAUUCAACACAAAUGUAUUAUUUCAAAAUGGUCGUAGAGAAAAGCGUCAUCGCAAACAUAACCGCGAGACUGAAAACUGUUGUGAGCAGCGGCAACCUGAAGGUCGAUGACCUCAAAAUGACAACAAUCUGUCAGAGCGUGCCGGACGGCAUCCGGUGCAGCUGCCUGUCGGACUUCAGAUGGAGCGACACAGUUUGUCUGGAAACAGAUCAGAAAUGUUGCGGCGACAUGAACUGCACCUUCACCGACAAGCUUGCUCGCAGGUGUAUUUCAAACGAAACAGUUGCUGUCAGCGGAUCCAUUACUUUGAGAGGGAUGGAUCAUUAUGAUUGUCUGAAAGAAAACACCACUGAGAUAUUUAAGCAGUGUAAUAAUAAUUUGUUGCAAGAGAUGAAAAGAGUGUACAGCACUUUGGCCGGAUUUGACAUCUUAACAAUUAACCAAUACAGGGUUGGAAGCGUCAUCGCAGAUUUUGAAGUGUCCUUCGCUCACACGGUCAAACAACAAGAGUUGAUGAGCAAGACACAACUCCUGAUCAGCACUCUGUCAGCGUCGGUGGAUUUGGAGACGACAGGUGUUGUCCGUUUAAUUAUGCCGCCCAAGAGCCCGGUGUGUUACCACGACAACCCAAAGCUCACGUGCACAUUAAAGGAGGACCUGGAAACCUCGCCGGUGUGGCUGCUGAUGAGAGAGGGCACAGUAUUUGAGAUAUUUAACGGCACAGAGUCCGAGGUGACAACAGAAACACUGGAAACCAGAGUCACACUAAGAAACAUAUCCAAGCUCUGGGAAGGAAAGUACACAUGUAAGUAUGUACAACAAUUAAGCUCAAUCAACAUAAUUCACAAAGCCAGCGGUACGAUGAACAUAUCGCUCCUGCCAAAAGCGGACCUCAUCAUAGCACCGCCGUUUCCACACUGCAUAAUUGGUUCCAAUCUCUUGAAAGUAAGAGUGAAAUGUGAGCUAGAGCACAACACGGAUGUGUAUGAUGUGGAAUGGACGGGCCUGAACAUCGUGGCUGGUCCUUUUCAAAGAUCUCCUGAUAGUCAUGCAAGUGAUGUACUUGUUAGCUGUAAUGAAACCAAGGAUAUACCCCAAGUAACGUGCACUUUGAAGAACAGGUGCAAGGAAGAGAGAACUGUUUCAGCUUCUGUCAACGUCAUAUAUGGAACCAAUCAGUACUGUGCAGCGGAGGGUGAUUGGGAAGUCACCAAAGCUGGAUUCUCUGCAGUGGUGAAAUGCACCAACGCGACCGGACAUAGAGAAAGGGAAUGCAAAAUAGGCCCGACACAGGGGAAAUGGGAACCAGAGGUUUCAACAUGUGUGAAUCGGGAUGUGAACAAUGUGCUGCAAAAAGCAAACGUUGUUGACAUUGGACUCGGCUCACUCGAUGACAAUGCUGCGUAUGUAUUUUCCCUCUUUGGGAAUGUCACGAAGAACUCAGCGACUAUCAACACUUUCGCCAACUUAAAUACAUCUGUUCAAGUCCUCUCCCAAAUGAGUCGAAAGAUAAAAUCCAUGAAUUCUGAAUACACAGCGGAUGACUUUCUGGAGUCAUCCAGCAAUAUUCUGGAGAAGUCUCUCAACGAAUCAUGGACAUCAGAGGCGAACAAAGGCACCAUCUCAUUGGCCGAGAGCUAUCUGGAUUCCUUCGAGGACUUGAUUCAGAAGACCAAUGUAACCCGUGUCCCUAAGAAAAAGAACGUAGAGCUAGCCGCAUCCGAUUGCCCGCGAGGGUCAACGUGCCGGAACACGGUGUUCGACACCGACGUGAAGCUUGUGAGUCCCGACCCCGGCAGCGUGAAGACAGCCGGGUUCAAAGAGCUGGAGAACUAUCUGCCCAACAAAGAUGACACGUACCAGCCCAACAGCAUCGUCGUGUCCGUGACGACGGAAAGGAAACAAUCGGAUUCAGUCCAGGUUCAAAUCAAAUUCUCGUUGAACAGGCCGAGGCCUCGCAACGUCAACAUGAGGUGCGUCUUCUGGGACCGCGGCGCCCGGAGCUGGUCGACGGAAGGAUGCGAAUGGCAGGGCGCUUCCGACGAGGGGCUUUGCGUCUGCAGACAUUUGUCCUCUUUCGCCGUUCUCAUGUCGAGGUCUCCGGUGAACAUCAGGGGGCUCACCGAGGUGACCUUGGUCGGGCUGUCCGUGUCAGUCGUGUCGCUCGUUCUCACCCUCGCGAUAGAAGUGAUCGUCUGGAGCGCGGUCGUGAAGACGGAUACUUCGUAUCUACGCCACAUGGCCAACGUAAACAUCUGUCUGUGUUUGCUCGUGGCGGAUUGCUGUUUUUUGGCAUCUUUUAACGAUAACAACAAAGAAACGUGGUGUAAGAUCUUCGUGGCGCUGAAGCAUUUCUCUUACCUGUCCAUGUUCUUCUGGAUGCUGUGUCUGAGCAGCAUGCUGCUUCAUCAAACAGUCUUUACGUUGCAUACAAUGGGCAGGAAGACGUACCUGAGGUUCUCAUUGGUCCUGGGCUACGUGUGUCCUCUGCUGAUUUCUGUCAUCACGUGGUUUUCCUAUAACAACGGCGCUGAAGGCGAGUACUACUCCAUGGAGACCUGUUGGCUGUGUUAUGCCGGCCUCAUGAAAGGCUCCAUCUAUGCAUUCGUGAUACCGGUCGGCAUAAUCGUCUUCGUCAACGUGUUUUCCAUGGUGGUGGUGAUCAUUAAGCUUUUGAAUCGCCCUAUGACUCCAGAAAAAUAUAAUGAAAGAGAAAAAAAUGCCACCAUAACCGUCAUGAGGACGGUUAUUCUUUUGACUCCAAUCUUCGGCGUGACUUGGGUUUUGGGGUUUGCCGUAAUGCUCCUCGACCUCACGUCCGGGCCCAUCGUCUUCAUAGUUCACUACGCCUUUAACCUGCUGAACACAUUCCAGGGUUUGUUCAUUUUGGUAACCACAUACCUGGCGGACCAACAGACCCGUGAAGCGCUGCUGAAACAUCUAAAGAAACAUCUAAAGAAACAUGCGCCGGCAUCGAACACUGACAGCACCACGAACUUAGUCUCAUCUUGGAAUAAGUGAAAACCGGCUUAAAUGUGUGCACUCUUACAUCAAA